AUGGCUAGGCGGUGCGCCGUUCGGAUCAUCCCCGCGCGGCGGACCCGAUCCAAGCGAGAAGCAGCAAUCCGGUCGUACAUCGCGGCACCGAAGCCUCGGCUAGUCGGCUGCCCCACCGCCCCCAACCUGCCAGGAUCUCUCUCCACCAUACGUCGGAUACCCUACUGCCUGAGUCAGCGCCGCCGGCGACCUUCCCUCCCACUACAGGUUGAAGAGCUAUUGUUUCAGUUCGUCCAUGACCCUUAUGGGGCUGUGGGGGAUGUUGCACUCAGAGAACUUGUUUCUUGCAGUAGUAGGAUGAACUGGAUCAGAUAUUGGAAGUGGUACUGUCACAUAUCCUGGCAUCUGCUCAGCCUGCAGCAUGGCACAUGAGUCUUCGACAUCAUU